UUCAGCUGCUUUUUACAGUUUUCAGUAUGCUUAGUCUGAUUUUUGUUCUCUUUUGACGAUGUGUGAUGUAUAAAAUCAUUGCUAAAAUUCAUUAUAAAUUAUAUACACUAGUGGACACAAUUAAGCGCAAAAUCAGUGUACCAUAUAUAAAAAAAUUAUUGUUUGAUUUCAAAGACUUAACAUUGUAAUCUGGGUCUCAAAAUGCCGAUUUCCUUAUCUGCUUUAUGUUUGGCAUCGUUAGUGAAUUCUUUCUUGAAUAAGCGGAAUAAAAAAUUGUUCAUGCGACGUGAAACAUUUUCAGCGAGAAAAUGGAAACAAUUUCUUUAAACUCAGACUUUCUUACUUUUUCACGCGAAGUAGAAAAAAGUCAGCGCAGAUGAGGAAAUAUGACGUUUUCAGACCCGGAUUACAUUGCUUUCUAACGAAUCAAUAGCUAAAUCAUGGCUGAAAACACCGAAGAACGACCCCAGUUGACCGAAGUUGAAGUCGAAGUUGACGAUACAAGAUGUUGUUCUUCAUGUCAAGAAAAGUUGCAAGAAGAGUUGGCGUUUAGAUGUCGAGAUUGUGAAACUAACGAUACAACGGACUCUGUCAGCAAUCUGCAAAUAUGUGAUACCUGCGUUGGGUGGCAUGUUAAAAAACUGCACGCAGUUGUUGAUUAUCGUGGCCACGAUGCAGAUAUCUGCACUCAGCACAGAAUUGUGCGUUUGUUUUAUUGCGAGGACUGCGAAAGUGUACUAUGUUCGAAAUGCUUGCUUGAUCAUCGUGGACACAACUUUACAGCCUUACACACGGUAGCUUCUGAAGCCAGAAAGAAGGUGUUUAAACUUUUGGGACUAUUUGAAGAGCGCGAGAAAUUGUUUUCGCAUACGAAUGAUGUACUGAUUCAAACACAGACCGAAUUUAAAGAAGAAAUGAUUUUGUCGAAAGAUUACGUUGUGAAACAAACAAAGACUGUCGCUGAUUUAAUUUUGGAGAAAUGCAGUUUGAUCAAACUUGAUUCAACUAAUGCAGAAAACGCUUUGGAUGACUCCAAAGUAACUUUGAAGGUAAACGAAUGCAAGGAAAUUGCCUCUGAAUCGGAUGCUAAUGAACAAGGACUUUUGUGUUUACUACCGAAGUCAGACUCUUCUCUGGUUACAGAAAUAAAAAGGAAGCAGACAAAUUGUAAUGAAACAAUAAAAAAGCGUGCUAGAUUGACUGAAAAACACUUCUAUGUCGCACCAUUUUCCUUCGACCAAAGCAAAGUUAAUGAUCUAGUUAGCAAAUUUGCCGUUGACUUUGUCGACUGUCUUACAUUACCCACUUUUGAACAAGAAAAAAUCCGACAAUUAUCCGAGAGAAGCGUCAAACUAAAUGAAGAGUUCGCAGAAAAUGAACAAUCUUUGUUGAGCAGAUAUCGUGAAGGUGAAAAAAUUUUUGAUUUCGAACAAACAGAAGACGGAUUGCAGAUUACUUGCUGGAAAAAUGAUCAAGAUCUUAUUAAAUACACAAAAGAUGACUGCAUCUUUGAAGGAAGAUCGGUAGUCAAAAUAAGCUUGAGUGGUAGCGUGCGCUUCAUUCAACCAGUAGCUGAUUCAAAUUGCGUUUUCAUUGCAACAACGCAAUCGGUUGUUCAGUACAAUAUGCAGACUGCUGAAGAACCGGUCUUGAAACCGGAAAUCAAUUGGAAUGAUUUCGAGUAUCCCCUCGCAAUUCAUGAUAACCUUGGAGUUAUAUACUGGGACUUAGAGUCCAGAUCUAUUAAAGCCUCACUCUCAGAGAGCAUGCAGUUGCAGUGUAUGACGGAGCCACGCAUUUUCUGCAAUCAUUUUGGCCAUGGUUUCGAGUUUUGGUUUCAAAUGAACGGUUCCGAUUUGAUUUUUUUAAAUCCAAUGAAUCUCACUACUUUGAUCAUACCUUUUUCUCUGCAUCAUUUUCCCCAAAUUGAUUGGAUCCACCUUAAGUCUUCCGAGGAAAAUGGAUUCGAGGUAACGCUUCUUGCGUUAUGGUGCUGCAGUUUGAAGCUAAUCAAAGUAUUCAAGAAAAAAGAAACAGACCAAAAUUUCUCAAUAGUUGAAGUUUAUCAAUGGGAAAGUGACGAUGCUGCCAGUUUCAAAGAUAACAACUCUAGCGAGUCAGCUCUAGACCCAUGGUACUUGCAUUUGAAGUUCAAAAAACGAAUACUUAAAGAAAACAAGGCUGGAUUGACAGAUCAUUCAAACGAUUCGCUUGAUGGCUUCAUAGUUUUGUAAUUGUGAAAAACAAAAAAGAGAGAAAGAGAUCCAGAAAGAAAAAAAAUUAUUUUAAAGAUAAUAAAUUAGUUUUUCAAAAUGAAUACAAAAAAUAUAUUUAGAGUUUUGAAUUGAUUAAGA